GUCCACUUAACUUUGCUCCAUUCACCUCUCGCGCUCAAACCCUCUCGCACCGGUGCCCCUCACACUAAUAUGCCACCGGUAGGACGGUUAUCAUCGGCUUCAUUGGAAGACAGUGCUAGCGGCGACGGCGCUCGGGGCCGCGCCAAGCUUGCCUGCAAGGAGUGCCGGGCCAUCAAGGUCCGAUGUGUGCGCCCUCCUGGGAGCGAGACUCUGCCGUGCACGCGAUGUAGUCGAUGCGGGCUUGAUUGCCAUGACCCGCCGGUGAUCAAGCGCAAAGGUCGUCCGCCCAACGCGCUGAGAGCAGUCGCGGCCCGCGCGCCCGUCGUCACUACCCAGCUGUCGGCUACCCAGCCACGGCAAUCGGACGCUCGAAGCGAGCCGCUCCAUCGUCCGCAGCCACCCAUGGCCUCCAUGGGCCCCGCAGCGAUCACGGUGCCCCCGGAGCGUAGCGGGCCCUCGGCCCAGGUAGCAGGACCGUCGAGCGCUGGCUCGCGCGGCUUCCCGUCGUCCGAGUCGCCGGCGACGACGGUAUCCCCUGCCGUUCCCGGCGCGUCGCCGUCCGUGUCACGAAGCCGCACGCGCAUCCUCCGGAUGUCAGAGUACUUGGACCCCAACGACCGCGAGCAGGCACCGCCUGUGGCUUCGCUGUGGGCCAACGCGCCGGGCCGGCCGCAGCGAGAGGCCCCCCGCCGCAUGGUGGAAGAGGAGUUGAACGAGGGGAGCGACAGGGAUGACCCUGUGUCCCUCCGCGCUCUCAGUGAGGUCGAGGCGAAUUAUCUUGUGCAGCAAUUCCAUGAUCGCCUGAACCCCUUGAUCGCCAUUCUUGAUCCACAGCUGCACACACUCAACUUUCUGCGCACAACGUCCACCGUGCUGCUGUCAGCCGUUGUGGCUACCGCGUCCAAGUUCUUCCGCAGUGACCUGCACCCCGUUUUGAUAUCUCAUGCGCGGACGUUGCUCGACCGGGCCAUCCAGACUGGGGCCUUUGAUGCUGGUGUCAUCCAAGCAUUGCUCAUCCACACGUACUUCAAGGAGCCUGAAGACACGAGUGGGUGGUUUAAGGUUGGGAUGGCGCUUCGCAUUGCGUACAGCAUGUUCUGGCAUAUCCCCAGGACAGAGCCAUUGCCAGAGAACGACGACGAGGCAAGGGACCUACUGAAUGCGGAACGAACGUGGCUGGCCAUGUUCUCGUUCGACAGGGGACAGUCACACCUGCAUGGGCUGCCAACGACCAUCAAGCUGAACCAGUUUCGAGAUCCCGAGAUCUGGGCCCGCGAACACCUGCACCUCGGUCAUACAGUAGACAUGCACAUUGCAUGUAGCAUUCAAUUCUGCCAGCUCGACGACCACUGGGUCGAGCUGUGCGAGAUGAAGAAUGCCAACCCCGAGUACCUUGAGCACGCGACCGAGACCCUCGCGCGGCAACUGGACGCGUUCGAAAACAAGUGGUUCAACAAGAACGCCCUCCCUCCGGGCUUCAACUAUGAGCACGAGCUCGCCGUGCUCUGGUCGGUGCUCGACUUCAAGUUCAUGCUCAAGCGAUACCGUUACGACCGGGCUCCUCACGACCUUCUCCGCCUCGACGACUGCCUGCAUGUGUCCUCAAACAUCAUCGACGUGAUUGACCAGCUGGCCAACAACGGCAUGCUCGAGAUCAUGCAGGACUCGGCCAUCGUCAAGUCGUCGGCGCUGGUGGUGUUCUGUCGCAAGGUGUUUGCCGUCGCGACCCACUCGCAGCAGUCGUACAUCCUCACCAUACUCCACCGCAUGCUGGUAUCACAUGCCAAAGUCACGAGCGCGGACGGCAAGUCUGCGCUCGACUACGUCUCGCGAUUCAUUCGGCGUGUGCUCAGCGUGCUUGGCACAGAGGGGCAGGCGACCGACCAGAUCCCCGAGCUGCCCGUGACCCAGGCGAUUGCCGACGCGUCGUUAGGCGCCGAUAUUCAGUUUUUCGAAUCGCUCGGCCUGAGCGAGCUCAUUGGAAUGUGGAAUCAGGUGGGAGACGACUUUGCCAGCCAGAGAUCCCCGAUGCCGAUUGGAGACGUUUUCCCGACUCGUGACAUGUUUGGAUAGGGCCCCGGGCGACGGGUGUGCGUGGAUGUGUACAUGUACUCGUUGUAGUUCUG